UUAGAUUGUGUCUUGUAGCGAACUUCAUUGACGACAUUCAGCAUCAUAUUUUAUUUUGACUUCUGCGAAUAAACAAAUCUAAUUUUUCGAAGUUUUACCCAAAAUAAACGAAAAUGUCAGGCGAUCGAUAUAACAUCCACAGUCAAUUGGAGCAUUUACAAAGUAAAUACAUUGGAACCGGACAUGCCGAUACAACCAAGUACGAAUGGUUAACCAAUCAACAUCGGGACUCGUUAGCCAGCUACCUGGGCCACUACGACAUCCUCAGUUACUAUGCGAUUGCCGAAAACGAAGCCAAGGCCAGAAUUCGGUUCAAUAUCAUGGAGAAAAUGCUGCAGCCGUCGGGAUCGCCACCGGAAAAGCCAGAAGAGUGAUAUGUAUAGUCGGGGGAAAUGGAUUAUUGUGUCUCAAGAAGUUAUUAAAACAUGGAUGAUGUGGUAUUUCUCAUAAAA